GGGAGGCGGAGCCGCGGGGAGCGGCUCAGGUAGGGAUGAGCCCGAGUACCUGCUCGCUGCCCGAGCCAGCCCUCGCGCUGCUGCGAGGGGCGAGGGGAAAGCGGAGGCAUUCCCGCAGAAGUGCUGAGUCCUGGGGCGGCAGCUGAUGAAGAGAGUGCCUCUGAGCUCCUGAGCUGAAAGGGGUUAGAGAGGGGCCGGCAUGGGCCUCGAGUUACCUGCACCUUGGCUGCUGCUCUUCACCUGGCUCCCAAAAGGGUGCCUGUCCUUGUUGGUGACAGUCCAGCACACAGAACGCUAUGUCACCCUGUUUGCCUCCGUCGUCCUCAAAUGCGACUAUACCACCUCUGCCCAGCUCCAGGACGUGGUAGUGACGUGGCGCUUCAAGUCCUUCUGCAAGGAUCCCAUCUUUGACUACUACUCUGCGUCAUACCAGGCAGCUUUGUCCCUGGGCCAGGACCCUUCCAAUGACUGCAACGACAGCCAAAGGGAGGUUCGCAUUGUGGCCCAGAGGCGGGGUCAGAAUGAGCCUGUGCUUGGGGUAGAUUACCGGCAGCGCAAGAUCACCAUCCAGAACCGAGCAGAUCUUGUGAUUAAUGAAGUGAUGUGGUGGGACCAUGGAGUGUAUUAUUGCACCAUUGAGGCUCCAGGGGACACAUCAGGUGACCCAGAUAAGGAGGUGAAGCUCAUUGUGCUGCACUGGCUGACGGUGAUCUUCAUCAUUAUGGGAGCCCUCCUCCUGCUCCUGCUGAUUGGAGUGUGCUGGUGCCAGUGCUGUCCUCAGUAUUGCUGCUGCUAUGUCCGCUGCCCCUGCUGUCCCAAUCGCUGCUGCUGCCCUGAGGAAGCCCUGGCCCGCCACCGCCGCAUGAAGCAGGCUCAGGCCCUAGGUCCUCAGAUGAUGGAAAAACCCCUGUACUGGGGGGCGGACAGAAGCUCCCAGUUUUCAUCUUAUCCAAUGAACCAACUGCUGCAGCGAGAUUUGUCCCUGCAAUCCAGCCUCCCACAGAUGCCAAUGACCCAGACCACUGCUCACCCUCCCAUCACCAAUGGUGUCCUGGAGUAUUUGGAGAAAGAGUUGCGGAAUUUCAACCCAGCCCUACCCCUGACCCCUGACCUCAAAGCCAUAUCUGGCCAACCCCACAGUAUGCUGUCCUCCCUGGGCUCGGAGGUUGUGGAACGCAGAAUCAUCCGCCUGCCCCCACUGAUCAGACACCUGCCGUCUUCUCAGAGGACCAGCAACUCCUCACGCCAGCAAUGGCUUCCCCCAGUUUCUCCAGGACCCUGGCAUUUGAGCGAGGAGAGAAGGCAGCACCAUCUCUCUGAGUUCCACCAGGAGCUCCAGGACCGGGAGCCUAAGCGAUGGGCAUUGGAACGAAGGGAGCUGGACCAACUUCGGGGUGUAAGGCACCGCAGCUCCAGGCUGAACACAUCACCCAUGCCCUGGUCAGAUGGGGAAAGCCUCAGCGAAGGCCCUUCAUCCGGUGAGGACCACUGGCAGUGGCUCAACCACCUGCCUCUCCGGAGCCAGAGGAGCCGGAGCCGGAGCCGGAGCCGUUACUUAGACAGACCCCGCAGGCCCAGCCCCCGAGAGAGCACCCACAGGCACCAGACACGCAGGCACCGCAGCUACUCCCCUCCCCUGCCCUCAGGCCUCAGUUCUUGGAGCUCUGAAGAGGAGAAGGAGAGGGAACCCCGGAGCUGGGGGGCCCACCGCCGUCGUUCCCGCUCCCCAAACUGGCCUGAGGAGAAGCCACCCAGCUACCGCUCACUGGAUGUCAUCCCAGGCAAGAAUGGCAGGAAAAAAGGGAAUGUGGAGAGGCGCUCGGUGAGCUUGGGACAUCCUGUUGAGGGUAGGGCGCGGUCAGAAGGGACUCUUCAGCCAGGCUUGGCCACAGCUGACAAGGUCACCUCAUAUACCACUGCUGAGGAUACCUCUUCCCUGUUUUGCUCAGCUAGCCCUGUGGUGAGACACCUCUUAUAGAGCUGGAAGGGACCUAGUGAGUGCAGAGGGCAGGUGAGGUGCUGGAUGCUUACAGAAGGCUUUCUCAUCCUCAGGUCCCUCCAUUUCACAGAUGAGGAAAUGAGGCUCAGAAUAAUUAAGCACCAAGUGAGUAGUGGCACCAGGACUUGAACACUGGUCUUGAUGGCUGAAGCUUUACUUCCUGUCACAGCUGCUUUGCUUUACUUAGCAACUGUAUUUCCAUACCCCAAAUUAGAACACGUGGUGUGACAGAGGAUGUAUGUGCUACUUCUGGCGCUUCAAGUCAGUGUGCAAGACCCUGUUGUAGUCAAAGGUGAGGUCCUCUGAAACCCCCACCCUCUUCCUGGGAAAGGAUCAUUGAACUGAUCAACAUAAGAAAAAAGAUCAAAUGUGGUUCAAAACUUGAGGAUUCUGUGAACAGGCAAGGUUAUCACAGUACGGGUCAAUUUACCAGCCUGAAAGGGUUGCUACGAGGGAUGUAGGCUUUGGGACCUCUGAAUAGAAACCAUUUUUUAAAAAAGAUGUAACUUUAAAAAUCAUUUCAUAAUUAAUAUACCCAAAUGAUGGUAUUCUUUUGAAGAUUUUAUUUAUUUAUUUUUAGGGAGAGCAGAAGGGAGAGAGAAAGAU